GAGGCCGGGGUUGCCCGGGGCCGGGGCUAAGGGGCUCCGGCCCGCUGCUUUGUCCGCCGACUCGGGAGGGGGCGGCCUGCACGCGCGAGGGACAGGGUCUGGGGGCGCAGGGAGGGGCGGCGGCAGGGACAACUGUCCGCCCGAGUGCCUUCUUACGCCCCCCGCGGGCUGCCUCGCGGGGGCUCGUAAGCGGGGCAAGCUAUUCCCUUCGCUACAGGGUCCGGAAGCGCGGACUGGUCAUGGGGAGCGGGGGUCCCCCGUGCUGUCCGGUCCGAGGCCGGGAUCUUCUCCAGGUCCCCGAACUGCCCCCGGCUUUGCCACCUCCGACGGAAAGUUUGGGGCGGGCUUGGACGGAGGCCGAUGUUGUGGGAUCGGAUUUCCCUGCCGCGGCCCCCCAGCCUCCCGCCCGCUCCGCUCCGCUGGGGAGGCGGGCUGUCCUGGAAAGGCUGGAGCGCUCGCCUUGCAGCCGCGGGGGUGCCAUCCACGGCCCGCCGCUCGGGGUGGGCAAGGGUCGGGGGCGCGAGGCCGGGAUCCUGCACCCCUCCACCCCCGCACCGCAAGGCUGCCCGUUUCCCCCGCUCUGGGAGGAGCUGGGAGCAGGGGCACCACUGUGCGAGCAGAGCAUCGGAGUGCGCCGCGGGGUCCGAUUCGGGCCUGGCAGGGCAGCUGGCCUGGAGCUUAGAGGUGGGGCGUGUGCCAUGGCCCCGCACUGGGCUUUCUGGCUGCUGGCAGUGGGGCUGUGGGGCCUGGGCAUUGAGGCUGAGGUGUGGUGGAACCUGGUGCCCCGGAAGACGGUCUCUUCUGGGGAGCUGGCCACAGUGGUGCGGCGCUUCUCCCAGACGGGCAUCCAGGACUUCCUGACACUGACUCUGACCGAGCAGACCGGGCUUCUGUAUGUGGGGGCGCGGGAGGCCCUGUUUGCCUUCAGUGUGGAGGCUCUGGAGCUGCAGGGAGUGAUCUCAUGGGAGGCCCCAGCUGAGAAGAAGGCCGAGUGUAUCCAGAAAGGGAAGAGUAACCAGACGGAGUGUUUCAACUUCAUCCGCUUCCUGCAGCCGUAUAACACAUCCCACCUGUACGUCUGCGGUACCUACGCCUUCCAGCCCAAGUGCACCUACAUCGACAUGCUCACCUUCACUUUGGAGCGUGGAGAGUUUGAGGACGGCAAGGGGAAGUGUCCCUAUGACCCAGCUAAGGGCCACACUGGCCUCCUUGUGGACGGGGAGCUCUACUCGGCCACGUUCAAUAACUUCCUGGGCACGGAGCCUGUCAUCCUGCGGAACAUGGGGCCCCACCACGCCAUGAAGACAGAGUACUUGGCCUUCUGGCUCAACGAACCUCAUUUUGUAGGUUCGGCCUAUGUCCCGGAGAGCGUGGGCAGCUUCACGGGGGACGAUGACAAGGUCUACUUCUUCUUCAGUGAGCGCGCUGUGGAGUAUGACUGCUAUGCCGAGCAGGUGGUGGCUCGCGUGGCCCGCGUCUGCAAGGGUGAUGUGGGGGGCGCGCGGACGCUGCAGAGAAAGUGGACCACGUUCCUAAAGGCACGGCUGGUGUGCUCCGCCCCUGACUGGCAGCUCUACUUCAACCAGCUGCAGGCACUGCACACCCUGCUGGACGCCUCUUGGCAUAACACCACCUUCUUUGGGGUUUUUCGGGCACGGUGGGGGGACGUGGACCUGUCAGCAGUCUGCGAGUACCAGUUGGAAGAGAUCCAGAGGGUGUUCGAGGGGCCCUACAAGGAGUACCACGAGCAAGCCCAGAAGUGGGGCCGCUAUACUGACCCAGUGCCCAGCCCGCGGCCCGGCUCAUGCAUCAACAACUGGCACCGACGCCACGGCUACACCAGUUCCCUGGAGCUGCCUGACAACACCCUCAACUUCAUCAAGAAGCACCCGCUGAUGGAGGAGCAGGUGGACCCCCGGUGGGGCCGGCCCCUGCUGGUGAAGAAGGACACAAACUUCACCCAUCUGGUGGCUGACCGGGUGGUGGGGCUUGAUGGAGCCACCUAUACAGUGCUGUUCAUUGGCACAGGAGACGGCUGGGUGCUCAAGGCUGUGAGCCUGGGACCCUGGGUCCACCUGAUUGAAGAGCUGCAGGUGUUUGACCAGGAGCCUGUGGAAAGCCUGGUCCUGUCACAGAGCAAGCAGAAGCUGCUCUUUGCGGGCUCCCGCUCCCAGCUGGUGCAGCUGCCCCUGGCCGACUGCGUCAAGUACCGCUCCUGUGCUGACUGCGUGCUGGCUCGGGACCCCUACUGCGCCUGGAGCGUCAACACCAGCCGCUGCGUGGCCGUGGGUGGCCACUCAGGAUCCCUGCUGAUCCAGCACGUGACGGUCUCAGACACCUCGAGUAUUUGUAACUUCCGGGGCAGUAAGAAAGUCAGGCUCACACCUAAAAACAUCACGGUGGUGGCAGGCACUGACCUGGUGCUGCCCUGCCGCCUCUCCUCCAACCUUGCCCACGCCCGCUGGACCUUUGGGGGCCGGGACCUGCCUGCGGAGCAGCCCGGCUCCUUCCUCUAUGACGCCCGGCUGCAGGCCCUGGUGGUGAUGGCUGCCCAGCCCCGCCACGCCGGGGCCUACCACUGCUUCUCCGAGGAGCAGGGGGCACGGCUGGCUGCUGAAGGCUACCUGGUGGCGGUGGUGGCAGGCCCGUCAGUGACGCUGGAGGCCCGGGCCCCCCUGGAGAACCUGGGCCUAGUAUGGCUGGCUGUAGUGGCCCUGGGCGCUGUGUGCCUGGUGCUGCUGCUGCUGGUUCUGUCGCUGCGCCGGCGGCUGCGGGAGGAGCUGGAGAAAGGUGCCAAGGCUGCAGAGAGGACCCUGGUGUACCCUCUGGAGCUGCCCAAGGAGCCCACCAGCCCCCCGUUCCGGCCCGGGCCCGAGACAGAUGAGAAACUCUGGGACCCUGUGGGCUACUACUACUCAGACGGCUCCCUCAAGAUCGUGCCUGGCCACGCCCGGUGCCAGGCCGGUGGGGGGCCACCGUCCCCACCCCCUGGCAUCCCCGGCCAGCCCCUGCCUUCUCCAACCCGGCUCCACCUGGGGGGCGGGCGGAACUCCAAUGCCAAUGGUUAUGUGCGCUUGCAGCUAGGAGGGGAGGACCGGGGCGGCCUCGGGCACCCCCUGCCCGAGCUGGCUGAUGAACUGAGGCGCAAGCUGCAGCAGCGCCAGCCGCUGCCGGACUCCAACCCCGAGGAGUCCUCAGUAUGAGGGGACCCCUCCACGCAGCAGCGGCGGCGAUGGCGCGGGAGGUGUGCUCCCACUUUUGCACAGGCACCAGCUACCUCAGGGACAUGGCGCGGGCACCUGCCUGCCACCGCCCGGCCAUGAGGACCUGCUCUGUCAGCAUGGGCACUGCCACUUGGUGUGGCUCACCAGGGCACCAGCCUCACAGAAGGCACCUUCCUCCUCUGUGAGGGGCUGUGAAUCACGGACGCAUGGGACCCCAGCAGCCAAAAUGUUUCAAGGCAGAAGUUGGAGACAUGGGUGUGCUUGUGUAUAUACGUGUGUGUGGGUGUGUGCAUGUGUGCGUGUGCGACAUAGUCCUCCUGUUUCUGUCGAGUCUUCCCUUGGUGUGGGGUGGUCCUGGUGGGUCAUUGGAGCUAUGAAGGGGAAGGGGUUGUAUCACUUUGCUUCUCCUACCCCCACCUGUCCCCCGUGCGGGCCAGCCAUGUACAUAUGGGGGUGGGUGGGGCAGGGUGCUGUGCCCCUUUGGGGGAGCACAGGGCUCUGGGGUGGGCCGGGUCCUGCUCCCAGGGCUGUGAAUGUUUUCAGGGUGGGGGGAGGGAGAUGGAGCCUCCUGUGUGUUUGGGGGAAGGGUGGGAGGGGCCGCCCCCUUGGCCCUGGCGUUCUGUGGUGUUUCCUACUUGUCCUCCGUGAUGGGGCUGGGGAAGGGUAUGGGGGGAGGGGGGAGGAGAGAGGGUGGGCAUGCUGUGGAGGGUGUAUCCUCUCCCAGCCCUAGGAGGAGGGCUCCUGACAGUGUAACUUAUUGUGUCCCCACGUAUUUAUUUGUUGUAAAUAUUUGAGUAUUUUUAUAUUGACAAAUAAAAUGGCGAUAAUGAAA